UAAAAUUCCUGAUAAUAAUGUAGUACCAGUUUUAAAAAUUGAUUAUUCAGUGUCAGAACAAUAAUUAUGAAUGCUAAUAAUUUACUCCAGCCUGGAACUGAACUUAAUGAAUUGAAAUUUGAUGGAUUUCUAGAUUGGUUCGUGUGCCUCACAGACCCAAAAAUCCACUGGAAAUAUGAACCAACUUAUGUUUUGUCUCAAGCUUCCUUUAUCUUAGGAGGCAUCAUCACCCUUAUACACGCUCUUAUAAGAGGCAAACGUCUACCAUGGUUAUGGAUUGGAGCAAUUCUACAUGGAAUGUUUGUAGAAAUACUAAGUUAUGUUGCUCCAGAUGUUAAUAAUUUCUGGCACUCGCAAACACCCAUAAUAUUUUUCGGAAGAAGAUUUCCUUUGCACAUAAUUUUACUUUAUGCUUGUUUCAUCUACAGCUCGGCUGUAGCUGUAGCCAAGCUACGCUUACCAAAAUGGUCAGAGCCUUUCGCUGUUGGCCUAGCAGUAGUCCUAAUUGACAUACCUUUUGACAUAGUCAGCGUUAAAUUUGUACAUUGGUUCUGGCACGAUACUGAUCCAAAUAUAGCUGACAGGCACUAUUUCGUACCGUGGAAUUCUUAUUAUUUCCAUGCCACUUUUGCCGCAAGUUUCUGUUUCUGGUUUCAUUUUUUGAAACAGAAGUUUUGCGUUAGUGAAGGAAAAUGGAUUCAAGGAAAUAGUUUUCUCAUGGAAUUAAUUACAACAAUCUUGGCAGCAAUCCUAGGUCCAAUUGGAGGAGCCUUAUUGUUCGUUCCAAUCUACGACCCUUUGCACAACACCUACAAAAUCCACUCGGAAGUGACUUUCUUCAUCGUUUUCACAAUCUUCCUAGUAUUGGCAUGGAUGGGCGAUCGCAGUCCAAAAUCAGCCAGCAAAAUUAAAACUCAUUGGACCACAUUUCUAUUGGUUUCCUAUCUAAUCAUACAUUACACCUUGUUUUGGAUUAUUCCAGUAUUUUUCAAUCCGGAAAACGAAAUUUCUACUGGUAUAAAAGAACAAAUUGGGCCUUGCGACGAAUUUGAGCCUCUUCAAACACUUUCUGGAAAGGUGCUACAAAAGCGGAAAUACUUGUGUGCCAGCGACUAUGAUGAGAAAUACUUCGAUUGGAGUUGUUUGCCUAAACAGCCAAAAAGUGGUUCCUUGUGGUACACAUCUUGCGGUACUCCGUUUGAAAAUAGAGCGGAAUAUAUUACUAUAAUUAGUUUGAUAUGUUUUUUGGCUUUUGCUGUGUUUUAUCAGCUUCAUUUUAAUUCGUGGGGCGAUGAAGUGUUUUCACUUGAAGACAACAAAAAGGCUGAAGACGAGAAGAAGGCAAAAUCUACUAAGAAGAACAAAUAAUUUUGUAUUUAUUUAUUAAAGAACUUUUUUAUUUGUAAUUUUGUUCAAGGUUCCCCCUUUCGUUUAGGAUUCAAUAUCUUGAAAUCCGUGAGAGAUAU